UUCUCUGGCCUUUUUCUCUCAUCUUCUUCGUUGUUCUUUGAAGCCUUCAAGCUCUGUUCUUUCUCUUAGAUCUCUAAUCUCCAUAUGGUAUCAGAGCAGAGCAUCCAGUUUCUCACAGUUUGAUACCCUUUUUCUUGUUUCUCGGUCUUUGCUCUCUCCUUCUUUUUUUUUAACCUCUUUCUCUCAACCAUGGCCUCUUUGCCCGAAGAACAACACAGCCCCUCUCUUGGAUCUGUCACUCCCAACUCUGCUGCCUCAUCCUCAACCAUGGCAACAACAGAUCCUUAUGCCAACCCUCUGUACCUACAUGCUGCUGACUCCUCCAGUCUUAUUCUGGUGUCGGAAAAACUCCUCGGUGAAGCCAACUACAGCGUUUGGUCCAGAUCUGUUGAAAAAGCCCUCUUGGCAAAGAACAAACUAGGGUUUGUUCUUGGUUCUGUCAAGAAGCCAUCUGAUGACCAUCCUGACUCUGGUUCCUGGGCACGGUGCAAUGCUCUUGUCUCCACCUGGAUCACCAACGCUGUCUCUACUGAAAUCGCCAGCUUGAUCGUGUACAUGGAUGAUGCUGCUACUGUUUGGAAAAACCUGGAAUCCCGGUUUAAACAGAAAAACGCAGCCAAACUCUACAACAUCCAACAUCAGCUGGACUCUCUUCACCAGGGCUCCAUGGAUCUGAACAUGUAUUUCACCAAGAUGACCUCUCUUUGGGAAGAGCUCAAAAAUCAUGAGCCAUUCCCGGUGUGUAGCUGUGGACACUGUUCUUGCUCCCUUGAACGCCGCUGGCUAGAUCUCAUUGAGCGUAGAAAUGUGGUAAAUUUCUUGAUGCGUCUCAAUGAUUCUUACACACCUGCCCGACGCCAGAUCUUGAUGUUGGACCCUCUGCCGGAUAUUUCUCGUGCCUUCAACCUCGUCGCUCAAGAGGAGCAACAACGCCUCACUCUCCCUGGCAACAAUGAUGCUGCUGUUUUUCAGACUGGGCCUCAUUUCUCGGCCCAUAAAUCACGGGCUAUUCUCCCUACUCCUCCGUCGGCCCAGUUCAACUCUGGUUCUCGUCCACGACUCUUCUGCUCUCACUGCGGCAUGCUGGGCCAUUCCAUGAGCAAAUGCUUCAAACUCCAUGGUUAUCCUGCGAACUACAAAGGCCCUCAGUAUCAGUCGCUGCCGAACUGGACCUCGAAGCAGGCCUUUAUUCCUAAAUCCAGAAACUAUGGAGGAGAUCGCAAAUCUUCUUCGGUUAAUCUGGUAAGCAACCCCGCUGAUACUGCUGCGCCUAUUUCUACUUCGACAGGUUCUGGCUCUGGGACGACGGCUCUGGAACAGGCUCACACCUUGCUGGCCCAGUUUACUUCGCAGUUUCAAGGCCUGAGCAGCUCUCUCUCUGAUCCAGAACUUACAGCUUCUCCGAACAUAUCCCAUUCUCUCUCUCCAGGACCAUAUUCGGGAUUCGAUGAUUGGAAAAGGUGAUGCACGGCAGAACCUAUACAUCCUUGAAAUGCGGAUCCCGAACUCUUCUUCUCAGCCACUGUCCAUACCACCCUACACAGCCAA